AGACGUGCGAGCAGAUACAGCACUGGCAACAACUUGAGCUCAUCAUCCUCUCGGUCUCAAAGGUGUCCCGAAGGUCUUCUGCGGCGUUGUUCAGCUUCGCUCCCGGCGGUCGGCAUGAAGUGGUUCGUGGUCCUCGUGGCCGUCUGGGCAUCGGCGACUCUGGCAGCGGGCCAGGAGAGUUCGACCGGCACAUCACAUGCACCCACGACACAUGCCCCUACAACGCAUGCACCCACAACCCAUGCCCCCACGACGCACGCACCCACGACUCAUGCACCCACGACGCUGGCCCCGACGACCACUGCUGCGCCCCCAACUCCGCCUGUGCCCCCUGUCAACAAUUAUGUCCUGAGGGAUGCCGACAACCAGACCUGCGUGAUGAUGAUUGCAGCCCUCCAGCUGAAGGUGUCCUACCUCGCCAAGGACUCUAAGUGGAGGGAUGCCCUGCUGGUGCUGGACAACACGACGACCGUGGACCCGGCCAACAGCUCGUGCGGCCACUCGGAGCAGACGCUGGCCCUGAGGUGUGGGACCAGCCUGCUCAGCAUGACCUUCACCAAGAACGAGACCAACUUCCUGUCUGGCAUUGUGGCGGAGUACGUCCUGGACACGGUGCACUUCCCGGACGCCCAGCACCAGGGGGAGCUGGUGAAGGUGGGCAAUGAGAGCCUGCACCUGUUCGGGGUGGAGCAGGGCCGGUCGUACCUGUGCGGGGCGGACUCCCCCGUGCCCCUGGGUGGCAACACCACCCUGGACGUGCUCAACGUGCAGCUGCAGGCAUUUGUCAACACCACCGUGCAGCCCGAGGGCUUUGGCAGCGCGGUGCACUGUGUGCAGAACAACGACAUCAGCAACAUUGUGCCCAUAGCGGUGGGCUCUGCCCUGGCUGCCCUGGUGGUGAUUGUGCUGCUGGCCUACCUGGUAGGACGCAGUCGCAGCCGUCAGAAGGGCUACCAGUCCGUCUAGAAGACCGCCGGAGGCGCCACUGUACAUACCGGGGACCUGUGGGUGUUUUAAAUGUUCGGCUUUCUACUAAUGUUUUGGGAGUGUUUAGAAUGGCCCCUGCUUCAAGUGCACUUUGGCUGGAUGAAUGCUGUUUUUACUGAGACUUAAUAAACGAGUGCUUUCCUUUUUCUCC